AUGGAUGAGCAAUUUCAACUGUUGUUUGAUAAGAUGAAAAUGGAAAUGCAAAACCAAACAACUGAAUUAAGUAAUAUAAUACUUGAAAAAAUGGAUGAAAAAUUAAAGCCUGUGCUAGAAGAAAACAAAAUAUUGAAACUUAAAGUGGAAAACCUGGAACGCAAGGUGGAGCUGUUAGAAAGAGAUAGAAAAAAUAAUAAUAUAAUAAUUCAUGGAUUACCAGAAAAGGAACAGUCUACAGUAGAUUUAAUUAAUAAUAUUAAGGAAUGUUUUUCGUACGAAUUAAAUAUAAAUAUAGAAAACAAUGAAAUUAAUAAAAUAUAUCGUAUUGGCAAAAAAAACAACAAUGAAAAACCAAGGCCUACGCUUCUGUCAUUAGUUAGUGGGUGGAAAAAGACUGAAAUUAUGAAGAAUAAAAAGAAAUUACAGGUGUUGUAUAUAACCGAUGACUAUCCCAAGGAAAUUUUAGAAAUAAGAAAGUCAUUACAACCCAAACUACUUCAAGAAAAGAAGAAAGGUAACUUUGCGUACAUAAAAUACGAUAAACUCAUAGUGAAGGAAAACUCUAAGACUACAGAUAAAAGGAAAAGAGAGUUGUCCACCUCACCGCAAGCUGAAUUACAGUCAAAAAAACAAAUGCAAAAUCUAUCAAAGACCAACAGGAUUAAUGCUUUUGACAUGAUGAGAAGCCGAUCUCAUUCCCUGUCAACAAUUCCAACGACAACUAAACAAUAACAACUAGAUACCGGCGAUCGGAAACUGCAAACAAACAUUAAAGAUUCUAAAAAAAUAGAAAUGACACAACCUCCCCCAAGCCGGCUGGUCCCCGUGGGGGAAAAAGACCAUAACCCUCCAACAAUCAUAGAAAAAUCGACCAGGAAAACCAAACAACCCCAGCAGACUCUCAAAAUUGGAACAUUCAAUGUAAGAUCUUUAGCAAGAACAGAAAAGUUUAUAGAACUGACAUACCUAUUACAAAAAAUCAAAAUAGAUGUACUCGGCUUGGCAGAAGUCAGGAAGAUGGGUUGUGCAAUC